AGGACCCAUCUGAAGUCAAAAGGAUUUUAUUUUUCUCAAAUGGCCACUGAUGGAGGUUCCCACAAAAGUAGACCUCUGAGUCCUCUGCCAUUCUUUUUCUUUUUACAAUAUGUGAUUGAAAAGGCCCACAGAACUGGAAGCAAGCAACAGAAACUCAUCUCAAAGAGCUAAGGAACACAUGAAUUCACAAACACAUCAAAUUAUUGAGUUGACAUCUUUUCACAUUUUGCCCAUUUGGGGUUCUUCUUUCAGUUUUUUUCUCUGUUGAUUCUUAUCUUUCAAAGUUUCUGAUGAUUUGGGGAAGAUCUAGCUCUGGUUCCUGUUCUGGGUCCUUUUGCCUACUUGGUGUUUGAUGAAAUGCAUCCUCCAUUGUUUUCACCUCUUGGGUGGCUUCAAGCUCCCUUUUGAUGAAGCUGAUUGAUUGUCUGCUGGUUCUCAAAUGGGCAAGAAGAAGGGCUGGUUUUAUUUAGUCAAGAAGCUAUUUGUUUCAGAGACACAGCCAAAUCCUGAGAAGAAGCAAAAGAGAUGGAAAUGGGUGUUUGGAAGGAUGAGGAACAAGAGAUUAGCCACACUGACAGCGCCAUCGCCAUCAAAAGCGACGAUGAGAAUAGAGGAGGAAGAGGAGGAAGAGGAGAGGAAGCAGGCUCUUUCUGUGGCAAUUGCGAGUACUGCCGCGGCCGAGGCGGCGGUUGCAGCAGCUAAGGCUGCUGUUGAGGUUGUUUGGCUCACAGGGACUCCUCAGUCUCAUCAACAAGAGGCUGCUGAGGAAGUCUUUAAGCCUCUCAAGAAGGCCCCUCCAUCUGAUCUCCUUAAACGUGAAAGGGAAAUCCAUGAGUUUGCUGCUAUUACUAUCCAAACUGCUUUCCGUGGCUUCCUUGCGAGAAAAGCAUUGAGAGCAUUGAAAGGAAUAGUGAGGCUACAGGCAAUUAUUAGAGGAAGAGCUGUUAGGCGCCAAGCCAUUGCCACUUUGAAAUGCUUGCAGUCCAUCGUUAGCAUACAAUCACAAGUGUGUUCAAAUAGACUUCAUCUUCCUCAAAACACUUUCAAUUCUCCUGAAACGAAGCAGUUUCAGAGCUGGAAAGAUAGGAUUAUAAAGUUGGAUUCGAACGAUCAAAGGUGGGAUGAUAGCCUGUUAUCAAAAGAAGAAGCAGAUGCAGUGUUUUUGAGCAGGAAAGAGGCAGUGAUCAGGAGAGAGCGAGUGAAGGAAUACUUAUUCGCCCACAGGAGGUCUGCAGAAUCAGAAAGAAAAAAAGUAAAAGGAAGAUGGAGAUACUGGCUAGACCAAUGGGUUGACACCCAACUCUCGAAAAGCAAAGAACUCGAAGAUUUGGACUCCAUUUUCACCUCAAAUCCAAAACACAAAGAGACAACAAACGACAGAUUCAAACCAAACCCAACAACAAAAAAUAUGGACAGAAACAUAGAAGAAUACCCCAACCAAUCUCCAUCUCAAAAACCAGUUCUGAAACAGCUCUCUCACCACAAGAAGCAACGUUCAUUGGGAGGUGGAAUAGACUCAAACAGCUCAUUUUCAAGCUCCCCACUGGUACCAACAUACAUGGCUGCCACUGAAUCAGCAAAGGCAAAAUCAAGAUCCUUAAGCUCCCCCAAGCUAAGGCCAGCAGGGGGAUUAGACACUUGUUCGGAUGGGAAUUCUCCAUGCAAGACAAAGCAGCUCUGUUUAGUUUCUUCAAUGGUGAGUGAAGUUGGAAUUAGCAGUGGGAGAAGAGGUUUUCAUCAGCAGCAAAGAUCACCAGGGCUGAAGGGGCUUCCAGGGCCAACAAGAUCAAGCAGAACUCUCACUAAAGAUUUGAGCAUUGAUUCUGAGCAUUCCUUGCCAAACUGGGAUAGACAAAGUGCCUUCCAAUGAUUGUUUUCUUGUUGGGCAGAUUGAUAUUAAAAUGAAUACAGAAACAGUUUGUGGUGUUGUGCUCAUAUAUCUAAUAAAAAUGUGUUUGCUGUUUGUAGAU